AUGCGACGAUCACGCAGUGCUGGUGACAAGUUCGUGUUCGGCUCACGUCGUCGCACUCUGACGCCUUCAGGAGUUGGUGAAGACGAACAGAAUUCCGAGCUGUUAAUUGGCCUGAAAUCUCCAAGGCCAAAUAGAGCCCCGUCGUCACCGGCUAAAAAUCCACAACUGAGCAAAGAUCGGCAGUACUGGAGCAGCAAUUACCAUAUCACCGACUGGCGUCGACAGCAUCCAACCGAAUUCGAGCAGAAGGAGGUUGAACGAUUCCAUAAGUGGAUUUUUGAAAGUGACAAGAAUGCACCGAUACACAAGGAUGUGGUCAGCCUAAUGAAGAUGCUGUUCCAGAAAUGA